AUGACCACGGCGCUGGACACGGCACCCUGUGCCUCUGCUGCCCGUGCCGGGGCCGCCACCGAGGAGCUGAAGGAGGCGGCAAGCGGCUCCCAGGCCCGCGGCCCUGGGGCCAGUGUCACCGAGGCCGUGUCCGCCUCCAAGCAGCGCAGGGGGCUCGCCCUCGCCACGCUGGCUGCUGGCAGCUACAGUGUGGAGAAGAAGAGCCACAGCAAGCUGGGGCUCAAGAGCCUCGUCAGCAAUGGCGCCUUGGUGCAGACCAAGGGCAUGGGUACCUCUGGAUCUUUCAAGCUGAACAAGAAGCCAUGUGAGACAAAAGAAAGGGCAACGAAGAAAAAGACAGCUGCCACGCCCAAGAAGCCGGUGGCCAAGAAGCCUGCUAGCACUGCCAAGAAGCCGAAGAAAGCAGUGGCAGUGAAGAAGAGCCCCAACAAGGCGAAGAAGCCGGCAGCCACAGCAGCCAAGAAAGCAGGCAAGAGUCCCAAGAGAGCCACAGAGGCAGGGCACCCCAAAAAGGCAGUGAAGAGCCCAGCUAAGGUGAAAGUUGUGAAGCCCAAAGCAGCCAAGCCUAAGGUAGCCAAACCCAAAGCGGCCAAGGCAAAGACAGCAGUGCCAAAAAAGAAUUAA